AUGGAGGAGUACAGAAAGUUUCUAGCAGACCGUCUGCUUAGCGAAGAGCGACCGAUCACAUAUCGGCUGUUAAGUCGAACUCUGGAAGUGCAUGUCAACACCGCAAAGGAAAUGCUUUAUGACUUUCACAAAUACCAGAAUGCCCAAAAAGCCAAUUCAGUUCAUGCGACCUAUCUGGUUUAUGGUACCAAAAAUUUGGACAACGAGGACAGCGAUGUGGAAAUGUCGAGCUCAAUCCCCGAGCAAGAGGAGACCCCAGUUUCCACCCUGACCCUGGCGCGGGAAGAGGAGCUGAGAGAUAUUCUGGCGGCAUACCAACAAGUGACUUCAAUUCAUGUUUACAGCCUUGCACUGCACCCGCAAAAAGAUCACGCUCUCCUGGUAGAUCUUGCCGCACAGCUCUCGGAGUUUUCGAUAGACGGAGACACCACUACUGCAUCCAGGAAAUACGGAGUUAUUAGCAACCCGAAUGCCCAACGAAGAGAACGAAAGGUUCGUCCUCAGCAACCUGCAUCAGCCUCAUCAAAGUCUGUCAAGAAAGAGCCAGUUGCUCCAAAGCCAGCAGCGGCCGCAAAGUCCAAGCAGGAAGCAUCUGCCGCUGCGCCAGAGACAAAGCAUACCAAGGCUGCUAAGCAAGAACCAGCAGCAUCCUCAACCAAGGGUGCUACACCUGCUCCAAGUGGUGGAAAGAAACCAGCAGCGUCUCUUAAGCGAGGGGCAUCAGGUGGAAUUAUGCAGUCUUUUGCAAGAGCAGCGACUAAACCUGCUAAAACUAAGCCUGCCCCUAAAGAGGAGGAGGAUGAUGCCAUGGUCCUGUCUGACGACGGAGAGGCGGAUGACUCUGAUAUAGUCGCGACCAAGUCAAACUCGAAGCCUACAGCCGAUCCAUUAGAUAUCAAGAAGAGGCGACAGGAACGAGAAGAUGCACUGCGAAAGAUGAUGGAAGAUGACGAUGAGGAUGAAAAGGAAGAAUCUGAGAAGGAGUCUGAACAGGCCGACGAAGAGAUGGAGGAGGCACCUGAGCCACAGCCAGAACCUGAGGCGAAGAACGAAGAGAUGGAAUCCGCUGAAGUGGUUUCGGGUACUGGUAAUGGACGCAGGAGGGGCAAGAGACGAGUUAUGAAGAAGAAGCGAAUCCUCGACGACCAGGGAUACAUGGUCACGAUCCAAGAGCCAGGCUGGGAAUCCUUCUCAGAGGAUGAGGCUCCUCCACCAGCAAAGAAAGCAGCCCCAACACCAGCCGCAGCAUCAUCCACUGGAUCAAAAGCGAAGAAGCCUGCACCCAAGGGACAAGGAAAUAUCAUGUCCUUCUUUUCGAAGAAGUAA